AUGGGUAGCUCAAUGUAUAUCAUUGUAAUUCUAUUACUAUUUGUUCAAAAACAAAUCUAUGCCUUGGAAUCAUUUGAUUCGUUUAAAGGUACUGAUUUAUGUACAGCAUCAAUGCCAUCAUGUUCUUUUGAGCUGCAUGCUACUGCAACUAUGACUAUGUUCUAUAAAAAUCAGUUUCGUGUUGUCGCUACAGACGAUGGUACAUUGCAUCGUUAUAAUAAUCCUAACGAGACAUUCUCGAUGGAAGAUGUUCUCACAGGUGAUGGUUACCCAAAACUGGUUUAUGUUUUUAAUAACUCUUUCCCUGGUCCUGUUUUACACGUUUAUCAAAACCAAAUAGUCUAUGUACGGAUUUUCAAUGACUUUCCAACAGAGUCAUUAAGUGUUCAUUUUCAUGGGAUACGACAAGUGAAUACACCAGAAAGUGAUGGCAUUGGUCGAUUAACACAAUUAUCGAUUUUACCCGGUUCAAGUUUUCUACAUAAAUUUAUUGCAACCGAUGCAGGUACUUUUUGGUAUCAUUCUCAUGUACAAUCACAAACAGCAAUGGGUCUUAUGGGUGGUUUCAUUGUCCAUCCAAUGCCAAUAGAUGAUAGAGAAGAACAAGGUGAAUUUGUUCUUCUUCUAAAUGAUUGGCAACAUUUUUAUACUAGUGAACAACAUCAUUUACUCAUUGAAAGUGGUCAAUUUUAUCCGAAUGAUCUUGAAUCAUUGACACAAUCAGGUACAAUCGAUUUUUUUGAAGCUGUCGAUGGUUCAAGAGCUGCUGAAGCUUUUGUUACUUCAAUUCUAAUUAAUGGUCGCGGUCGAUAUAUUGAUCCACGAAAGGAAACAAAAGGUUUUAGUACGACACCAUUUGAGUGUCUAAAAAUGACUUCUCAACAAAACACUUCUACAUAUCGUCUUCGUUUAAUUAAUGGUGGAAGUGUAUUCUCCUUGAAAUUUUCUAUCGAUAAACAUCCAUUGAAGGUUAUCGCUUCUUAUGGUAUACCAUUUGCACAACCAAUGAUUGUAGAUCAAUUGAUCAUCGGUCUUGGUGAAAGAUAUGAUGUUAUAAUUGACAAUUUAACAACAAUAAACAACAAAAUAAAUUAUUGGAUUCGUGUUGAUACAAUGGAUAAACAUGAUAAUCCAAGAUGGCAUGGUCUUGCGAUACUACAAUAUGCACCAACGAAUGAAAUACCAACAACUGAACCACAACACUGUACUGAACUUCAACCAUGUCGUAUUUUGAAUUGUCCUUUUAGUCAGUAUGGUCCAAAUGAAUCAAAUCAAGGAAAUCCUUUCAUUUGUUUGACACCAUUAAACAUUACUACACAUGAAGACUAUAUUGAUUAUAAUCUAAUCGAUGAGAAGACUCCUAUGACUAUUAAAAAAACAUUAUCAUUGACCAUGGCUGAACAUGAUCAAUCUAGUUUUGAAUCAUUCAAUUAUAUUGGUAUGAAAUAUCCAUCGAUGACAGAACACAUUCUUAACAAUCCUCGACUAGCUCGAGAACUACUUCCUUGCUCUAAUCGAUUGUUACAUACAGAAUCAGGUGAAAAAUGUUAUCAUAAUAUUGUCGCUCAGUAUAAUGAUACGAUUGAAUUACUUCUUGUUAAUCAUGAUGAUGAUCAACAUCCACUCCAUUUACAUGGUUCUUAUUUUCAUAUUGUUGAACAAGGUCUUGCUCAAUUGAAUACUUCUAUUGGAGAAUUCAUUGCGAAUAAUCCUAAUGUGCAAUGUAAUGAACAUGCUGUUUGUAUAUGCAAUCAAACCAAUGCAGCAUGCAUAACAAACAAUAUGCGUCUAGUCAAAGAUACAAUACAAUUACCUAAAGGAGGGUAUAUGAGAAUACGUUUUCGUGCACAAAAUCCGGGUGUUUGGCUCUUUCAUUGUCACACAGAACCACAUCUUGAUCGAGGCAUGGCUGUUGUAUUUCAUAUUGCUGAAGAUCGAUUACCAACAAAUAGAAUUUCUUAG